UAAAAGCUACUUGCUUAACCAAGUUCAUUCACUCAGAUUUCAGCUGGCGUGGAAAAAAAUUAAAAGUGCAACACACUAUAAAGCACUGGAAUGUAUAAGACUGGAUUGUUCCUUCUUUUAUCCCUGGGUGUCCUGGCUUGCAAAGGAGCCGACCCUUGUUGCUCGCAGCCAUGCCAAAAUCUUGGUGUGUGUACAAGUCUUGGUCAAGACUCUUAUGAAUGUGACUGCACACGGACUGGAUAUUAUGGGCAAAACUGCACAAUUCCUGAAUUCCUCACAUGGCUGAAAGUGUCGCUGAAACCCGCACCAAACACAGUGCACUACAUCCUCACGCAUUUUAGAGCUUUCUGGAACAUCAUCAGCAACAUUCCAGUUCUGCGAGACUCCGUCAUGCGUUAUGUGUUAACAUCACGUUCCCAUUUAAUUGAAAGUCCGCCAGUCUUCAAUGCUGACUAUGGUUACAAGAGCUGGGAAGCCUAUUCCAAUCUGUCCUAUUUCACACGUACUUUACCUCCUGUUCCCAAGGAUUGCCCAACACCUAUGGGAGUUGCAGGUAAAAAAGAGCUGCCUGAUGUGAAAGUGUUGGUGGAAAAGUUCCUAAUCAGGAGGAAGUUUAUCCCUGACCCACAGCGUACCAGUCUCAUGUUUGCCUUCUUUGCUCAGCACUUCACACACCAGUUCUUCAAAACUGACAUGAAGAAAGGUCCAGCCUUCACUAAGGCCAAGAACCACGGGGUUGAUCUGAAUCACAUUUAUGGUGAGGACCUAGAACGUCAGCAUAAGCUCCGGCUUUUUAAGGAUGGCAAGCUAAAAUAUCAGGUUCUGGAUGGAGAGGUUUAUCCUCCCCUAGUAAGUGAAGUUCAGGUUGAUAUGCACUAUCCACCGCAUGUGCCUGAGUCUCAUCGCUUUGCUGUAGGUCACGAAUUCUUCGGUCUGGUCCCAGGCCUCAUAAUGUAUGCUACAAUCUGGCUUCGGGAACACAACCGUGUGUGUGAUGUUCUUAUACAGGAACAUCCAGAUUGGGAUGAUGAGAGGCUUUUUCAGACCACAAGACUCAUCUUGAUUGGUGAGACCAUCAAGAUCGUAAUUGAGGAAUAUGUGCAGCACUUGAGCGGCUACCACUUUAAGCUUAAAUUUGAUCCAGAGCUCCUAUUUAACCAGCGUUUCCAGUACCAGAACCGGAUCUCCUCUGAGUUUAAUACCCUUUAUCACUGGCACCCGCUCAUGCCUGACAACUUCCACAUCCAGGGUGAUGUCUACAGCUACAAGCAGUUCCUCUAUAACACCACCAUGGUGACAGACUAUGGCAUAAGCAACCUGGUGGAUUCAUUCUCCAAGCAGAUAGCAGGCAGGGUUGCCGGUGGUUACAAUGUCCCGCCUGCACUGAUGAUGGUGGCAACAAAAUCGCUUGAGAAUAGCAGACAGAUGCGCUACCAGUCUUUCAAUGCUUACAGGAAACGCUUCAACAUGAAGCCUUAUGCCUCAUUUGAAGAGCUGACAGGUGAAAAGGAGAUGGCGGCUGGGCUGGAGGAGCUGUAUGGAGAUGUUGAUGCUAUGGAGCUGUAUGCUGGCUUGCUUAUUGAAAAGCCACGGCCUAAUUCCAUCUUUGGAGAGACCAUGGUGGAGAUGGGCGCCCCAUACUCACUGAAAGGCCUCAUGGGAAACCCCAUCUGCUCCCCCGAGUACUGGAAGCCCAGCACAUUUGGUGGCAAAGUUGGCUUUAACAUUGUCAACACAGCCUCGCUGCAGAAGCUAGUGUGCAAUAACGUUAAGGGGCCUUGUCCUGUUGUGUCUUUUCACGUGCCCGAUGUACAGGACUCAGUGCUGACGACAAUCAACGCAAGCACAGCACACUCAGGUACAAAAGAUGUCAACCCAACAAUUCUACUUAAAGAGCGGACGUCCGAGCUCUGACUAACCCCUACUGUGAUUGAUUCUUGACAGAGAUCAGUAUAGAAAAAGAAACCUGUAUUUAUUUAUUUAUUUAUUGCAUAUUUAUUUAAUUUAUUUCAUUUAAAAUGGUGUAGAAAGAUGCCGUGUUUUAAAUGAAUGUACUAUAAAUAUUUGUAAAUCUAAAAAUAUUCUAUUUCAGAAUAAUAAUCAUGUUUUAUUAGGCCUUUGAACUGUAGAUAGAAGGAUUAUGAUGUGUCAGUUGAGCUCUCACUGUAUAAUUGUGUAGUAAACAAAAUGAAUAUUGCACAACAAUUUAGGACAGAAAAAAAAGGAUGUUAAAAAUAAUGUUAUGUUAAAUUAUGCUUUUGAAACGUGUUCAUUUGAGGCUCAAUGUGUCCGAAAAGGGUAAAAUCUGGUGAUAUCUGACAAAACCCUUCAUUCUGUUCUUGGUCUAGUUUCCAAAAAGCAUCAAAUCAAAUGGAUUUAAUUACAUUUUAUUUGUAUAGUGCUAUUAUUAACGGACAGCUUUACAGAAAUAUAUAUUAAAUUCCGUUUGUGGGGGAUGUGGUAUCCUGGUGGCUAAAGUGUUAGUCUACCGACCAGAAGAUGGUGAGUUCAAUCCCAGGUCCACCAAGCUGCCACCACUGGGUCCCUGAGCAAGCCCCUUAACCCUCAAAUGCUCAGCUGUAUAAAAUGAAAUAAAAAUGUAAGUCACUUUGGAUGAGGGCAUCUGCCAAAUGCCAUAAAAGCUCAUAACUAAUGAACAAGUAAGACGUAAAGGUGACAAGAAAGAUAUCCCUGAUAUGAUAUGAGGAAGGAACCAGACUCAAAAGGGAAACUCAUCCCUAUGUGGGUGACACGGGAGAAUGUCAUUAUAAAAUCAUUUCCAUGUACUGCAUAGACAAAAGCUGCGAUUGUGUAAUAAGGAACUUAUGAGAGAAUCUGAGAGAGUAAAGACUGUUUUACCGAAAUGAUGAUUUUAUUCUGUGUAAGGCUUUGAGGAAACUCAUUCCAGGUCCGUACUGGUUAGAGCGCCACAGCACAUGUAGAACUAAAUGAACAGUUCAGCUUUGUAC